AAGCUUCGGUCCGGCAGCCGCCCUCCGCCAAAUCCGCCCGCUGGAGCCCUCCGACAGAUUUUUAUCAUCGGGCGCCCACGCGUCUCCAUUGACCCGGGCAGGGGCGAGGUCAAGAGGGCGAACCGUUGGCCGGGUCGCCCCCGCUAUCAUGCCGUGCUGUGACACGGCGGCAGGCGGCUUCCCAACGACGCUGCGUGCGCACCCGCGGGCCGCAGCCGCCCCAGGCGCCUGCAUACCAGUCCAACCAGGCGGCCUCGUAUAAAGAGGUUCCCCACUUGGGCUGCCGCUCUCCCAUUUGUCUCGCGCUUCGCUCUCACGCUCGCGUCACCGGAGCUCUCCAGAACCGAACCCCAACUGCCCAAGGGCGAGCGAUCCGAACCCCUCGGCGGCUUCGUCAACGACGCCGAGAUACAUUCAAAUACAUUCUGAAUAUAGCAUUCUGCUGCAGAACACUUUGAGGAAUGGCUGAAGAGGAUGUCCAGCCCCUUGUGUGUGACAAUGGCACUGGAAUGGUCAAGGCGGGUUUCGCUGGUGACGACGCACCGAGAGCUGUCUUUCCUAGCAUUGUAGGCAGGCCACGCCACACUGGUGUGAUGGUGGGCAUGGGCCAAAAGGAUGCAUAUGUGGGCGAUGAAGCUCAGUCCAAAAGAGGUAUUCUGACACUGAAGUACCCAAUUGAGCACGGCAUUGUCGGCAACUGGGAUGACAUGGAGAAGAUCUGGCACCACACCUUCUACAAUGAGCUUCGUGUGGCACCUGAGGAGCACCCUAUACUGCUGACCGAGGCUCCUCUGAACCCCAAGGCAAACAGGGAGAAGAUGACCCAGAUUAUGUUCGAGACAUUCAACUGCCCAGCAAUGUAUGUGGCCAUCCAGGCCGUUCUUUCCCUGUACGCCAGUGGUCGAACAACGGGUAUUGUGCUCGACUCUGGUGAUGGUGUGAGCCACACCGUCCCUAUCUACGAAGGGUACACGCUUCCUCAUGCUAUUCUUCGAUUGGACCUUGCUGGUCGUGACCUUACCGACAACCUGAUGAAGAUCCUUACUGAGAGGGGUUACUCCUUCACUACGACUGCCGAGCGAGAAAUUGUCAGGGACAUCAAGGAAAAACUUGCCUACGUUGCCCUUGAUUAUGAACAGGAGCUGGAGACUGCCAGGACCAGCUCUAGUGUUGAGAAGAGCUACGAGCUGCCCGAUGGCCAGGUUAUCACAAUCGGUGCAGAAAGGUUUAGGUGCCCUGAGGUUCUAUUCCAGCCAUCCUUCAUUGGCAUGGAAUCUGCUGGCAUCCAUGAAGCCACGUACAACUCCAUCAUGAAGUGCGACGUCGAUAUCAGAAAGGAUCUGUACGGUAAUGUUGUCCUCAGUGGUGGCUCCACUAUGUUCCCUGGUAUUGGUGACCGCAUGAGCAAGGAGAUUACUGCACUUGCCCCCAGCAGCAUGAAGGUGAAGGUGGUUGCUCCGCCGGAGAGGAAGUACAGUGUUUGGAUUGGUGGUUCCAUUCUGGCCUCCCUCAGUACCUUUCAGCAGAUGUGGAUCUCCAAGGAAGAGUAUGACGAAUCUGGUCCGGGCAUAGUCCACAUGAAAUGCUUCUGAAUUUCUGGAGCAGUAUAUCUGUUGCUUGCAUUUUCAGUUAGUUGGGAUGCAAGUUUGUCCCGUGGUCUCGCUAGCAUUCUUCGUUCUUUCUGGAUAUUGAAGAGCUGUUGGCCAUGGAGCAUUGUGCAAGGUGGUAAAGUCGAUUGAUGGUACUACAUGAAGAAACAUGUGCAGUACUUCAGCAGUAUAGAUCGUCAGGUCAGUUUAGUUUUUUUUUCAACAACAGUGCCAUAUUAGGAUGUUCCUGAUGUGCGCAGUUGGUCUGGGUUUUUACACAACGCAAGGGUGUCGGCUGUCGCCCGUGCAGUUUGCGUCUUUGUGAGAUCUGGGUCCGUUUCUGCACUCCAGUACGUGGAACAGGUUUCGCAUUUGGUGGCCAGUGCCCCAGCGUGGCGUGAGUGUUGAUGAUUUGAACUUGGAGCUGUUUGUUCUAUUCCUUUCAUGAAACAGAUAUUAUCGUUUGUACAGGGAUAAAUAAUAAAUUGUUUAUCCUUCAAAUGUUUUAGAUACUGUUGGAACAAACUUCGUUUAAUUAUAAUCUCUUGGAUUUAA